AUGUCUCUGUCGCUACAUCCCCCCACAAAUGCUGUCGAUCCUGUCUGGACUGCUCCAAAAUCCGUCCAGAUUCCUUCCACUGAUAUCUUGACCUUUGCUUUUGCAAAUCUCUGCCAAUAUGACAAUAGUUGCCCGAUUUUCAUCGAUGCCAACGAACCCUCCAAUAGGAUUUCGGCCCAGCAAGCCCUUCAGACUGUUCGCCAAUUGAUCCACAGUCUUCGGGCGCUGGGCCUGAAAGACGGCGAGUGCGUGUGCCUGCAUGCCUUUAACAACAUCUGGUAUCCCCUGAUCUGGUUGGCAAUAAUCGGAUCCGGGGCUCGUGUUGUGGGGUCCAAUCCCAAAUACACCAAAGAUGAAUUGAUUCAUCUGCUCAGUCUCACAAAGCCCAAGGUCGUCUUUGCUCAGGUGGACUGCAUUGAACCAAUUGUCGAAGCAGUCGCCCACUGCGAGACCGACUCCCAAAUCUUCGUCAUCGGGUCCCAUGACGCCUCACGUCAAGUCCACGGUCGAGAUUAUGCUAGCUGGCGUACACUGUUGCUGGAGCCUGAAAGUAAUUGGUCCGGUUGCGCCGCAGAUGGCAAGCCUGACCAAGAACGCAUCGCUGUGUAUGCCAUGACCAGUGGAACAACCGGUCUACCCAAGGCCGCCAUGAUCUCACAUCGGUAUAUCGUGUCCUUGACUUCAACCUUGGAAGAUGCCUUCCGACACAGAAAAUACCGACCAUCACAGCUCAUCUGUCUACCUGUCUUUCAUGCAUUUGCAUCACCCUUGGCCUUGGUCUUGCCACUUAGAGUUGGUCUUCCCACUUUUUUUCUGCCGAAGUGGUCGCUUUCAGAAUAUUUGCAAGCCGUCAACACGUACGGCAUCACCGAUUCCCCAGUCUCUCCCCCCAUCGUUGGUGCUCUGGCUAGGCUUCCCGCUGCAGAUAUGCCCCUUGUCCAAAGCCUCCGCUAUGUCAUCUCUGCCGGUGCCGCUCUUCCUGCCAGUGUGGAGAACAAGCUGUACGAUGUCUUGUCUCCCGAGGCAGUGAUUGCCCAAUGCUGGGGGACGACCGAAGCAGGGUGGCACUCUCUAGGCAGUUCGGAGAUGAAGGAUUUUUCGGGAAGUGUAGGGCAAUUGCUGCCAAAUGCUCAAAUGAAGUUGCUGGAUGAGAACGGCAACCUGAUUGUCGAGGAGGAAAAGGCUGGAGAAGCGUUGAUCAAAACUUCGGCAAUGUUCUCAGGGUAUUUGGGAAAUCCCGAUGCCAACCGUGACUCCUUCGACUCUGAUGGGUUUUACCGCACCGGCGAUCGGGUGGCUAUCCGGAAAGGCCUUCUGUAUUAUUCCGACAGAAUCAAAGAGACAAUGAAAGUCAAGGGGUGGCAAGUCUCACCGAGCGAACUCGAAAGUGUUCUGGUCCAGCAUCCCCAGAUUGCAGAUGUCGCUAUUACCGGCGAAAUGCGGAGAAGCGAGGAUGGCCUGUUGGACACGUUUCCCACGGCAUAUGUCGUCCGAUCGGGCGGCGAUCAUGGGCCUCUGUUGGCAGAGCAGGAGGUCAGGGAGUUCGUGGCUGCCAGGCUCAUCUCGUUCAAACACAUCACGGGGGAUGUCAUCUUCGUCGAGCAAAUCCCUCGAUCUCCCUCCGGAAAGAUCCUUCGUCGAAAUCUACCCGAGGCAGAGCGCGAUCUGUCGAGCAAAAGUGUGGUGGCAAGAGUUGAAGAGGAGAUCGCAGUCGAACGCCAUUGA